AUGGCCAUGCUUGCUUCUUCUUCACCUACCUUGCUCUUCUCUGCAACCUCUUCCAAUCUCCUCCCAAUUUCACAUUCUUCCACUUUGCGCCUUUCUUUCUCUUCUUCACUACAAUCCUCCUCUUUCUCAAUCUCCUCAACCUUUUCAUCACAUCCUUCUUUAACUUCUAAACGUUUUGCUAACCAUGCUACCUUCAGCAUCAGUGCCAGUGCAGCAGAGAAGAAGAAGGUGUUGAUCGUAAAUACCAACAGCGGUGGACAUGCUGUGAUUGGAUUCUACUUUGCGAAAGAGCUUCUUGGUGCUGGACACUCUGUCACCAUUCUCACUGUUGGUGAUGAAAGCUCAGAUAAGAUGAAGAAACCUCCUUUUAACAGAUUCUCAGAAAUUGUGAGUGCUGGAGGCAGUACAGUAUGGGGGAGUCCUGCAGAUGUAGGAAGUGCUGUAGGAGGGGAAGCAUUUGAUGUGGUUUUGGACAACAAUGGCAAGGAUCUUGAUGCUUCGAGGCCGGUGAUAGAUUGGGCCAAGAGUGCAGGUGCCAAGCAAUUCUUGUUCAUCAGUAGUGCCGGAAUCUACAAACCAACGGAUGAACCUCCUCAUGUUGAAGGGGAUGCUGUCAAAGCAGAUGCUGGUCAUGUUGGAGUUGAGAAAUACAUUGAAGAAACUUUUGACAGUUGGGCAGUAUUCAGGCCACAGUAUAUGUUAGGGUCUGGAAACAACAAAGACUGCGAGGAAUGGUUCUUUGAUAGGAUUGUUAGGGACAGGCCUGUGCUAAUUCCUGGCUCAGGAUUGCAACUCACUAACAUAUCACAUGUUAGAGACUUAUCUUCAAUGCUAACUUUAGCUGUUGAGAAUCCAGAUGCUGCGAGUCAUGGCAUUUUCAACAUUGUGAGCGACCGUGCAGUGACUCUAAAUGGAAUAGCCAAACUAUGUGCUCAGGCAGCAGGGCGUGCUGUUAACAUUGUUCAUUAUGAUCCAAAAGCUAUUGGAAUUGAUGCAAAGAAAGCUUUCCCUUUCCGUAAUGUGCACUUCUAUGCUGAGCCUAGAGCAGCCAAAAGUAAAUUGGGAUGGAGUUCAACCACAAACUUACCAGAAGACCUAAAAGAACGGUUUGAGGAGUACAUAAAGAUUGGGAGAGACAAGAAGGCCAUAAAAUUUGAGCUAGAUGAUAAGAUAUUAGAGGCCUUGAAAGUUCCAGUUUCUGUCUGA